UAUAAAAAAAAACCAAUCAAAUUCUUCUUCCCAAAAGGCUUCUUGCUGUAGGUAUAAACCUCGAAACAGAGUCCUUCAGGAAACGGAAUUAUAUGUAGAUAAGAAGGAACAGAAACUGAUAAACUUCGAUUUGUGGUUGUGGGGGCCGCAAAAAUUCUAGAUUUUUGAAGAAGCCAUGAGGAAGAAGCUCGACACUCGUUUCCCAGCCGGAGCUGGUGAAUGGAGGGAUUAUUGUUUUUGCAAGUUGAAAGCUUUAGCAGGUUGGUGUUUGAUCUUCGGAGCUGUUGAGAUAGGAUUACCCAAGUAUAGUGGCUGCCAGAGGUUAGGGUUUAAGGCUAGGAUCAAGAAAAUUAUGCAAGCUGAUGAAGAUGUAGGGAAGAUUGCUAUGGCUGUACCUCUUCUAGUGUCUAAAUCUUUGGAGUUGUUUCUGCAAGAUCUUUGUGACCGAACGUAUGAGAUCACUCUUAAGAGGGGUGCAAAAACAGUUAACUCUUUGCACUUGAAACAAUGUGUGCAGAGCUUUAAUGUGUUUGACUUUCUGAGAGAUAUUGUGAGUAGGGUACCAGACCUAGGUGGUUCAGAAGCUGCUGCUGAGGGAUCUUCCGCUAGAAAAAGGAAGGCUAUUGAAGAUGAAGGGAACGACAGUGACAAUGAAGCCAAGAAGAGCCACGUGUCCGAGACUGGCCACACCAGUGGGAGAGGAAGGGGAAGAGGAAGAGGGAGAGGUCGUGGUAGAGCUAAUCGGACUUUGGAGAAAGAAUCAAUUUCUCAGUGUGAAAAGUAUGAAGACGACCUAGACAUUUCGCUACAAAAUGGUGACAAGAAAAGUAUAAAUAUCAAAAGAAUGGAUAAUGGAGCAAAUCCAGAUGAUACGAAAAUCUCUUUGGUUGCGCAAAAUGCUGAGGCACCAGUUCGAAAUUUUGAUCUUAAUGUGGACCUGAAUGAAAAUGCAGAUUCCGGAGCCAUACCAGCUGGAACCCCUUCUACCUCAUCGGCAAAGCCUCCUAUGGAGGUGAGGCCUGAAGAGUACCCUGGUUGGUCCCUUGCUGACAUGGAAUCGAUGGCUAUUGAUCCUGUUCAACUUGCUAAACUGAAUCAGAGGAUAGAGGAAGAAGAGGAAGAUUAUGAUGAAGAGGGAUAACUUGCUGCCGUCCUGCUUUUGAUAGUCAACAUGGAGUAGCAGGGGUUGAUGCACGAAGCAGCUUGACAAUAUUAGUUUAGCAGGUGGUUUAAUUCGUCCAUACUAGCUAAGACGAAUUUGCUUUCUUCUGUGGAAGUUGAGCUGUAUCCGUGCGGUAUGAUUUACAUGACACAGGCAAGAUGAGCACAAGAGAGAAUGGACAACGUGGCCUGACAAGUUUGUUUCACUUAUAUCACACCAAGGAUCAAUUGUAUUGCAGAUUUUUGCAGAGGGUGAGUAUUGGUUGAGUUGCAAGACUGCAUUUGGAAGAUGCUUUGGCAACCUGGUUUGGUUGAAGUUGGAGCCCAAAGAACAAGCGAAAUUAGAACCCAGCGGACAAGUGAAGAUAGAUCGCUUUCAACUAAAUUCAAGGACCUCAACAGUAGCACUUCAUCUGGACUUGCAUGUGAUGGAAUCACACUGAUAGGAAAUUGCGGGUUUGUUUGGAUAGGGUAUUAUUUGAAAUAUUAUUUGAAAUAAUUACUGUAGCACU